AUGGCUGCGUUGAGCAACCUGAGCUCCAUCGUAGAGAGUGGCAGGCAUGCGUGCUACGGCAUCGAGUGGCAGCUCACCGACGGCAUUCUGGUGUCCAAGGAAGUCUACAACCCAGCGUGGCGCCUCGAGUAUGCGGCCAGGGCUGGUCUUAGACGCCUUUUCACCAAAGAGUCUACCAAGUACACUUUCAAGCCAGGUGAGGGGCUUGUAGGCCAAGUCUUUGAGAAACAGGAGACAACAUUCGUGCCAGACCUCCAGCAGCUGAGCGCGGAAGACGUCCGCGAGCUCAUGUUCGCUGGGGCUGCAUUCAUCUUCAAGCGCAGCGGUCUCGCAGCUGAGUGUGGCAUUCACUCGGCAGUCUUCGUGCCGACCAAGACCGGAGUCAUGGAAGUUGGUGCAAUGCUCGAGGUGUCCGGGCCAGACGAGCUGAUCAGCUCGGCAUUGAUCAAAGCCAUCAAGGAGGGCGGUGAGAUCCCCGCAGUAAAGCCGAAAACUGUGGAGCUGCCGCCAUGCCCACCGUGGCUUCAGAAAGUGGCCGAGAGCAGCCCCGAGAGUUGCUAUGCCAUCGAGUGGGCCAUGAAUGAUGCGGGUGCACUUGCCGUCAACGAGAGCUACAAUCCAGCGUGGCGUGUGCAGUACGCAAGUCAGGCAGGUCUUCCCGGCCUCUUCACAACUUCCUCCAAGGCCUUGACCUUCGGGCCGGGCGAGGGCGUUGUCGGUCACGUGUUCCAGGACCAGAAGCAGCUUUUUAUUCCGGAUGUGCAGAAGUCCGCCGCGGACGACAUCCGUGAUGAGAUGUUCAGCGGCAACUACACAAGCUUCCUGCGUACCGAUUUAGCAAAGACCUUCAACAUCCGCUCUGCAGCUUUCGUCCCUCUCAAAUCUGGGGUUUUGGAGCUUGGUUCCAUGAAGGAGCUCAAGGACAUGACGGCUUUGCUGACGGAGUCCGCCAUGAAGGCAAUCCAAGAGUCUCCUGUGGCCCUCGCCAAAUAA